GGAUCAUGAUCAUGACCAUCUGGCAUCUCCUCCUCACAGUCACCGACAAUGGCUCCCGACCGCUCCGACGACGCCGCCGCGCACCAGCCGCUCCUCCUGGACCAGCGCGCAUCCGACGACGAAGCCUCGCGCCUCGAGCAGGGCACCUUUACGCGAAACCUCGGAGCCGUCGAAGCCUUCGCCAUCGUCAUCAGCAUCGUCAUCGGCAGCGGCGUCUUCACGUCGCCGGGGUCCAUCGACACCAACGUGCCAUCGCCGGGCGUCGCGCUGAUCAUCUGGCUCGUCGGCGGCAUCCUCGCGUGGACGGGCGCGAGCACCUUUGCCGAGCUCGGCACUGCAAUUCCUGGAGAAGGGGGCGUCCAGCCGUACCUUCGGCACAUCUAUGGCGAUGUCUACGGCUUCCUCUCGGCCUGGACGUGGAUCGUCGCCAUUAUGCCGGCCACCCUGGCCAUCCUCAGCAUCGUAUUCGUCGAGAGCGCCUACUCGGCCGCCGGUGUAAUGGAUGGCGCCGGCCAACUGUCGCACAAGCUCCUCUCCAUCCUUGUCCUGCUGGUCAUGAGCGUUGCAAACUCCAUCAGCACCAAGGCCAGCACCCAGCUCAACUCGUACUUUGUCGUCCUCAAGUUCACCAGCAUCGCCGCUGUCGUCGUGGCCGCCGUUGCCGUCGUUGGCCUGCAGCUCGCAAGCCCCGAGCGCGAUAUUGGCGGCCGGGACUGGUAUACCAAGCACUGGUUUGCCUAUCGCAAGAGCUCCAAUCCCGAUGGCAGUGAAACGGACUGGGCUGGGCUGAGCCAGUGGGAGAUAUUUGGCCAUUACUCUGCUGCUCUAUACGGUGCGUUGUGGGCCUACUCAGGUUGGGACAAGGCCAUUUACGUCUCCGCUGAGCUCUCGGAGCCGGCGCGACAGCUUCCUCUUGCCAUUAAUACUUCGAUCCCCACCGCCAUCGUCUGUUUCCUAGCUGCUAAUGCCGCGUACUAUAUCCUCUUGCCGUGGAAUGUUGUGUCCACCACGGAUAGCGUGGCUGUGACUGCCAUUACCGCCUUGUUAGGUCGAGGCUUCGGCAUCAUCGCCGCCGUCAUGAUUUGCCUCGUCGUCGCAGGCUCCCUUCUCGGAAACUCCUUUGUCGCCAGCCGGAUGACUGUUGCUGCGGCCAACAGGGGAUGGAUCCCACGCGUCUUCACCGUCGUCGGCACUGUCGGGAGAAAGUCCGACCACGACGGCAGUACAGAUUCCUCGGAGAACACCUCCGACGCCCCUAUAAACGCCAUCAUUCUCUCCGCCUUCCUCGCCACCAUUUACAUCCUUUUCGGAAGCUUCCGAGCUCUCCUAACCCUCAACGGUCUCGGAGAGUAUUCGUUCUUCUUCCUCACCGUGCUCGGCGCUGUUCUCCUACGCUACAGAGAACCGGAUCUGCACCGGCCCUAUAAGCCGUUUAUCGUCAACCACUUCCUCUUCCUUGUCGUCAGUGGCUUUGUCGUUGCCAGAGGUGCUGCCUUUGCUCCUUUCCAGGCGCUUAUCAUGGUUGCGAUCUGGAUCCUGGGCUUGGGUUUCUACAAGGCGAGAAAACGUCAUCUAGAGUAAGCGCAUCAACGUAAUGUGUUCAGGAACUCGUCGAAACCACACUCUUGUCUUGACUUGCAAGGGUUAGAAUGGCUACAGAGAACCUAAACAUGCGCAACACCUUGGUACAACGUACAAUUGUUAUACAACAUGAGUCUCACUGGGAUUAGAUAAUACACCGUGUGAUACACGAUGCAAUGGGAUUUCAACUGCAAGCUUGCUCAAAAGAAUAGGAUUGGAAUCAGAAUGUUUUGUUUCCUCGUCUAAUUUUAACGAAGAUUUGCAUAUUGAGCUAAAUUAGAUUUAAUCUUGGAAAUGUUUAUUCAAAUCAACGCAAGAGACCGGUGGUUUGUUCUGGAGUACUGUAUUAAACCUCGAGUAGAACAUCGGACUGUUGCGAAUUGUGCU